UCCCGCAGUGAGGAGCUGAGGAAGUGAGUGAGCAGGGUCCGAGCGGCGGAGGAAUACACACAGCUAUAUAGACACUGACACCAGGAGAUACACACCUUUAGCCUUCGGUAGGGGUGUAGAGCCAGUUACCGUCCGGGUAGUCUAGUUUAGAUAUAACCGAUCCAUCCCGUGCCACCAGACAUGGCUGACCAGCUAACAGAGGAGCAAAUCGCUGAGUUCAAGGAGGCCUUCUCCUUAUUCGAUAAGGACGGCGAUGGCACCAUCACCACGAAAGAGCUGGGCACGGUGAUGAGGUCGCUGGGCCAGAACCCCACGGAGGCUGAGCUGCAGGACAUGAUCAACGAGGUGGACGCAGAUGGCAAUGGAACCAUUGACUUCCCUGAAUUCCUGACCAUGAUGGCCAGGAAAAUGAAGGACACAGACAGCGAGGAGGAAAUCCGCGAAGCAUUCCGGGUAUUCGACAAGGACGGGAACGGUUACAUCAGCGCGGCUGAGCUACGCCACGUCAUGACAAACCUAGGCGAGAAACUAACAGACGAAGAGGUAGACGAAAUGAUCAGAGAAGCAGACAUCGACGGCGACGGGCAGGUUAAUUACGAAGAAUUUGUACAAAUGAUGACUGCAAAAUGAAGCUCUCCUGACCUGUCCUUACCCUCUUAGAAGAUUAAAAAAAAAAAUCAGUCAAAUGUUUUACUUACCUCUUGCAAAAAUGUUCAUUUAUUCAUACUGUUUCUGUAUAAAAAACAUAAUUGAAUGUUAAAAAAUCCUUCUGUCCACUUACAGGGAAAAAAAGAGAAAAAAAAAGCAAACAAAAAAUAUCUGCAUGUAACAGUUAGUGGUCCUGUCCCCAAAGAUCAGUUUAGCAUCAAUUAUGAAACGGAAAAAUACCUAUACUACCUUCAAAACAGAAAAUAGCACUUGGUGAACUUCUCAACAGUUCCAUUUGCUAGUGAUAAUGUUUGGGCUGGCCAUUUUCUUUUGUCUUUCUUUUCUUCAUGCAUGCAGCUUGAGGCUGGAGCACACUCUGGCGAAUCAGACCGUGCUGAUUCCACUAAAGUGUUGUAUUGUCGGUAUGGUACAGUUUGUAUUUGGAGGGGGAAGCAGGGGUCUCAUUUGCUCCGAAGUGGAAUGGGACCUUGUGGUGUGCUCAAAUAAUUGAAAAGAUAUUUUUUAAAAUGAUCAUGGAAAAACAUUUUAGAAUAUGUUUGGCAUGUGGGUAUUUGGGAUUACUGUUUCCUUGUUGUGCGUUGCACUACCGUGGGGGGAAAGAGUCCAGUUAUGACCUUUCGCCUAAUUAGAAAAAUCAUUCUUCUGGCAAGGGAACAUUGUUGACUUUCAUGUUUGUAUCUUCUGUUGCUCGACUGACAUGAGCGUGUCAAUUGAUCUUGUAUAUCUACAGUGCAUAGGAUUUCAGCACAAAAGUCUUCUAGGCUGUUCAUCUGAAUACAGUUUACGUUCAUUCCAAGUUGUACAUGCUAGUCUUUUAAUUUUUUUUUCCAAUAAAAGACCAUGAACUUAAGAAA